AUGCCCAGAAAAAACGCAAUUCCCAAUCAUUUAAAAACCAUCCUUCAAUCCCCAACAUCAACGCCUGAUCAAAUUAAAGAUGCGGUUAACGAAUACAUAGAAUGGCUCAAACGUUGCAUUAACCGACAGUUUAACACUAAGAACCUAGACUUAGAAAAUUAUAAAACUCAUAUUAUUAUGUUGGAUUCACUGAAAACGCAAGUCAACACACUAAUAGUAAAAUUGAAGCGAAGUGAAACUCGUUGUUCAAUACUUCAAAAGAAA